UCGCUGAAAAAAACCGUUUAUAUAUUCUAUUUUGCAGCAGAGAGGCCAAUUGAGUUCAAAUAGAUUUCAAAAACAAAAUUUUUGCCAAGAAAUAUUUUGAAAUCUCUCUCAACCAUGUAUCGUCGUAAUUUGACCCGAAUCCAGAUUAAAUUGGAUGAUAUUCGUGAUUAUGAACGCAGCAAAAAGAACGAAAAAGAUAUUGAACAACAGUAUGAUUCGAAGAAUAACCAACAACAACAGAUACAAACAGCCGAUGCAUCGACUAAUACAACACCGCGACCUGAUAGUACAGCGGCCACCACUAUAAAUCAUAUAAUAACUCGACAACAACGUAUUGGUUAUUUUUCAUGAUUUCUUAGGCUUAAUAAUAUUUAUCUUGAAUUUUUAAUAAAUGGAAUAAAAAGGAAUUAAUAAACAAAA